AUACCUAAAACUGAUGGGUGAGAAUAAAGUGAGAGUCGCUUUCAGCCCCACCUGGCUUUGAAGCUUGUGGUCAGUGGCCUCGGAGCGAGCUCGUCGUGGGGAUGCAAACAAGAGUUUGACAAACAAAACCCCAAACCCAGUUGCUUAUUAAAAUCCACAUACAUCGCUCUUCUCGAAUACACCCCAUCCCCCAAAGUCCCUGCCCUUCGUUUUAUUAUCCCCUUUGCUCUGUCUCUCUGAAGUCCUAGUCUUUCCUCAUCAUUACGUGCAUAUAGAUUUGGUGGUGGGUUUUGUGUCUUAUUCUAAGUUGGAUUUUUGUUUAUGAGGUUUUAGUUGGGUUUGGUUUUUGGUUGCUGGCUCGUGAAGUCUGCACAUGGACCUUUUGUUGUUAUAUAUUGGUUAGUGUCGGAGACAUGAGAGUGGAAGGGAUUUAUAAGUAUGCGAACACUUUGUGACGCUUGCGAGAGCGCGGCCGCUAUCGUGUUUUGCGCUGCCGAUGAGGCCGCUCUCUGCCGUUCCUGCGACGAAAAGGUUCACAUGUGCAACAAGCUUGCUAGCCGGCAUGUACGGGUUGGUCUCGCAAAUCCCAGUGAUGUUCCCCGUUGUGACAUAUGUGAAAAUGCACCUGCUUUCUUUUACUGUGAGGUGGAUGGAAGUUCCCUGUGUUUGCAAUGUGACAUGAUUGUUCAUGUUGGAGGAAAGCGAACACAUGGAAGAUAUCUUCUGUUUAGGCAGAGAGUUGAGUUCCCAGGAGAUAAAGCUGGUCUUCUUGAAGAGCCAGCCAUGCACCCCGUGGGUGCAGGUGAGAACAGAAGAGGACAAAACCAGCCUCCUAAACUGACAAUGGGAGAGAACCAGCAAAAUCAGAGGGCCUCUUCUGUUCCAAAUUCAGCUGCAAAUGCUGAUGGGCAUUCAAAGAUGGAUAAAAUGAUUGAUUUGAAUAUCCAGCCUCACCGAAUGCAUGAACAGGCGUCAAACAAUCAGGUUAGAGAUCAAUGAUAACAAAUCCAGAAGCACGGUUCAUGCAUUAUCUUACAUUCAUGCCUGAAGAGUGAGCUGAGUUGUGUGGAACUUCUCCCUGUCCUCUACUUCUCCCUGUCCUCUUUCUAGUGGGUGGAUGUUUGUUCUCCAAGGCGCAGGAAAUAGUAGUUGAACAGCAUUCAUAACUUACAUUGUAAUGCCAAAGAUUAUAAUUCAUUCCGGUGAAUGACAUGGUCAUCUUUGAAAGUGCUUUGAAAGUUUUGUAAAGCCUACAUAUUUGCAAAACCCAUUACUCUACAAGUUCAACACGAUAUUGUACUCUUCUCAUGAUGAGUUUUCUUGCUACAUGAUGAGAUUUCUUGCUAUGCUUACAACACAUCAUGAUGAA